UCUCAUCGGACAAUCUUGUUAAUACCACAAUUCUGAUGUUCCAGGCGUAUGCGGCCAAGAGGGGAGGGCAGGAGGCGCUGCUAGAAAGUAUGAACACAAAGUACUACUACUACACCAGGACCAAAGGACUCUUCAGAACAUGCUUCCCUAAGGAGCGACCUGCUACCAUUGAGACCUACCUGAGCCCUGUGGAGACACACUGUAUCAACAUAGAGUACUUCCUGGCAGAUGUAGACAACCAAACCAAAGGCUUCUCCGAGGAUGCGAUGACCAGGCUACGUGAGUAUCUCAGUUCUAUCAGUGAUUACUAUUAUUACUUUCAGAGGUAACAUUGCGAGUGAUUU